AUGCAUGCCAGUGACGUCGUCGCAGCUAUUGAGCUUGCUUUCUACAUACCUACCGCCAUUUUGACUGUCGCUGUCUGCUCGCGCCAUGGCUUCUAUCGGAGCAGCGGGUGGAUUUACACGCUGAUCCUUUGCAUCGUGCGCAUUGCCGGUGCAAUUUGUCAAUUUCGAUCCCGCCACGACCAUUCGGAGAACAUGACUGAAGCCAAGAUCACCAUUGAUUCCGUCGGGCUGUCGCCAUUACUUCUCGCAACGCUAGGAUUAUUGAGUCGAUUUGUCGAUUUCAUAAAUGCCAAAACUAUUUCGACAUUCACGAUCAGACAUUUUCGGCUUCUUCAACUGCUCAUCACUCUUGGCCUCAUCCUCAGUAUUGUUGGAGGCACAAGUGGAACCAUCGAGCCCGGCGGUGCCGUGCAGGUUGCAGCGACGAGCAAGGUCGGCAUCGUCUUAUACAUCGUCGCAUUUGUCGUCAUGCUUUUCGUCUAUUCUGUCUCAAUUCGCAGCACAUCUGUCAUCGCGAAGCAAGAACGCCGAAUCCCCGCCGCCAUCGUUUUCGCGCUUCCACUCAUUCUGGUGCGGCUCAUCUACGCCGCAUGUGCGGUCUUCUUGCAUAACCAUCUUUUCAACAUCAUAACGGGUAGCAUGGCCGUGCAGGUUAGUAUGGCAAUCAUUGAGGAAUUUCUUGUGUCGGCCAUAUACGUUGCCGUUGGAUUCCUGGUUACGAGCGUUGAUCCGAGUGCCCAGGGACCGAUUGCAGGAAGAGAAUGGAAGAUGAAAGGUAGCAAGGGCCUGCCAUCCCUCAGGAUCUCCGUCGAGUGGAACGUUGGUUCGACCUUCGCUGGCGGCGGUAGCGGGGUCGUCGGUACGGUAGCGACAAAAGAUGGCUUCUCCUGCGAAGUCUGCCUGGACGAUGAAGAGAAGACUGCUGACGACUUGAGUCUAGACCAGAUGGUCGUCUUGGUGAAGAUAUUGAGCCAAAACGCUGACAUGGCCGGCGCACAGCUCACUGCUAUCGUGCCGUAUAGUCGAAUCGAUUUCCUUGAAGAUCAAGACCCUCAGCCAGAGCGAUACUACGCUCAUGACAACUAG